UCUUUUUUUUUUUUUUCUUUUUUUUUUCUCCAUUUCAUUUUCCGCUCACUUCAUUUCAUUGCACACACACACACGCACGCACACGCACACACAAUGGCCAACGACUCGCCGCCAAAGCCACGGUCGCCGGACGUGGACUCGCCAGCGCCGCAGAUCAUCAUGCCUGGGAUGAAGAGCAGUGCCGAGAGUGCCAGCUUGAGCAACCUCACAUCGCAACCGACGUCGCCGAGCGGCCCCCUGUCGUACAGCAAUCUGACCCAGGGGUCGACACGCGGCACUCCGCGGGGCUGGUUUGACGUCCAGUCCUCUGUCAUUGAGAAGAUGCUCGCACAAGAGCUCGACCGCUUCAAGACAAUGGAGCGCACUCGCGCAAACAACAAGGGCGCUGUAUCAGAAAAGAGGAUUGAGGCCCAAAAGCAAGUCGUCAUCUCACUCCAAACACAGUACGCACAGCUGCGCGAGCAGUUUGACAAGCGACGCACUUCCGUGUUCCGAUACGCCGAAGACCAGCAGGACGCGCUGCAACAGGCAAUCGCCACCGGCAACAUCUCGCUCCUCGGCGCAGGCGGCUCCAUGACGCUGGGGCGCCGUUCCAACGUUCGCCGAAGUCAGCUGCCGUCCUCCUUUUACGAAGCAGAUGCCAGUGAUGCGGCGAUGACAACGGGCCGGACUGCCUCCGCGAACGACUUGAGCAGCAAGUCCCAACCAAUGACUCGCGUUUCAACGGCCGCAGUACUGAUGACGUCGAGCAGCGAGGAGCUUCGCGGCAAGCGAGCCAGCCUCAAUCCCCAGCCAGCACGUGUAGCAUCGGCGGCGAGCACCAACCGACUCGACGAUUCUGACGAUGACGGGUCGGAUUCGGAUGUGCAAGCGCGGCCCGCCGUGCCACGAACGUCCGAGUUGGACGUCCAAUACGACGUUGCCGACCCGAACGUUCUGGAAGAGUCUCUGUACGGUGGCCAAAUUGGACGGCAGUCACUGGACUUGUCCAUCGAAAAGGACUAUGACAGCUUUGAGAGCGAGAUUGUCUUUGACAAAGCCAACAAGUCAGUCGUUGUUGCGGGCACGCUCGACGGUUUGCUGGCACAUUUGGUGCCUACGCCUGACUCGCGGCCUGACGCCACCUACACGAUGGGCUUUUUAUUUGCCUACCGUAUUUUCAUUUCGCCUGUUCAACUGCUGGACAAAAUUUCGGAACACUACAUGGCCUUGCUGGACGCCGUGUUGGAGUCUAGUUACAUGGACGGCGCGGUGCGCACGACACGCAUCAUGCUGCUGCGCUAUUUGAUGCUCUUCCGAAUUUGGGUGCAGCAGUUUGGGCGAGAUUUCCGUGAUCCCGAAGUCGCAAACAAGAUGAAAAAGCUGAUUGAUGCGACAGAGAUGCUGCACACUGCGCACACGACGCCAUUCAACCAACUCAUCAACGGCAUCAACAAGAUUAACGGCUAUUUGCGUUCCAAUUCAUCAUCGGCGAUGGUUAUCCCACAGGAGGUCUUGGCACUAGCGCAAUCCGACGGAGCCACGUCGUCGGUGACUCGCAAUGGAACAAACCACAGCUCACCCGUGCUUUCUCGCAGCAAUACGUCUGGUGAAAGUUCGCCCGACUUCCAGGUGGAUCACACCCGGUCGCCCAGCUUCUCUUCUCGUAAUAUUCUCAUCAGCCAGCUCAAGCGCGCCUCUGCCACCGGCAAUACUCCACCCGGCACACCGCCGCUAGGCCGCGACCGAAGCGGCCUCCUUCCUGCAUCGCGCAAAUCCAGCGGUGCCUUCCCCACCCCGCCACCGACAGCCGCUGGCUCGUCUCCUGCACCGCCUCUUGUUGAUCAGCCCAUUUUCACCAAAGAAGAGGCUGCCACGGUCAAGGACCUUGUGACUGAGCUGCGACAUCAACUGAACGAGCGGAUUCCUCAAUUGGCCAGUCGCGAUGCCAGCCAACUGGCUGAAAAGAUGUACUCGGGAGCCACCGCACCACAACUCAUCCAAGGUCGCCGCGGCAGCAUGCCAAAUCUCGCGCUGCUCACCAAGGCAGAUACCUCGUUUGCCAACCACAACAUUUUGAACAUUUCGAAAAGUCUUGACAAGAUUGCCGCAAAUCUCGUGUGGCGCGACUACCAUCUUUUUGCCGCCGUGCAGCCGGAAGAGUUUGUGAUGCAUCUGCAACACCACACAGUGACUACCCAGGACGAGUUGAGCACCCUCAAUCUGAAUGCAUACGUGACGUGGUUUAAUACGCUGUCGUACUGGGUUGCGACCCAGGCAUGUCUCGGACAGAACGCCGUGGAGCGUUGCAAGGCGAUUGAAAAGUUCAUCAAGAUUGCCCGCCAGUGCCUCAAGUACAAUAGCUUUAACUGCUUGAUGGCUAUUCUGUCGGGGUUGAACAACUCGUCCGUGCAGCGACUCAAGAAUUCAUGGGCAAUCGUCCGCUCCAAGCGCCGAAGCGAGUUCCUCGCGCUCGAGGAGCUCAUGCGCCCCGGCUCAAACUUUGCCCAGUAUCGCGAGCUGUUUGACCGCCAGCUGCGCCGCAAUCUCGAGAAGGCGUCGCUGGCGCAGAAGCAGGCACAAAAGGCUGGCGCGCGCAGGUCUGUCACACCCUCAACACCAACACCCGCGAACGGUCUCGCGAACGAAGAGGCCUCGAUGAAGCUGAUUGAUGGCGGCGCCGACGCUGGCAGUGGCCACUCGAACGACUUUUUCGUGCCCUUCUUCACGCUGGCCAUCAAGGAUCUCUAUGUGCUGAACGAUGCCAACCCGAACGUGCUGAGCAACGGCCUCAUCAAUUUCCACAAACUGAGCACGAUUGCCGAGCGCAUUACGCACAUCAUCUCCUUCCGCCGAGCACCUCCUGCCAUCCAAGCCGAUUUUGCCAAAAUGCAGCCGUAUGUGUCUGCUCUGCAGUUCAUGCAAGACGAUGCACUGUACGCGCUAAGUCUGCAACGAGAGCCUCGCACUUCGCUGAGCUCAUUUUCAAACUCGGCGGAUCUCAAGAAAAAGUCCUUCACUCAGAGCGAGCCCAGCCUCGACAAGAUUGGCAAACGAUAAAGCAUUGUUUGUCAGCGUCUGUUGUGACUGUACUUUUGGUAUUCGUGUGGAGUGCAGAC